AUGUUGGAGGUCCAAGAGGAGAGGCCAGCGGCGGCAGGUACAGCAGCGACCCAUUUCGGCAAGAAGGAACGUGGCAAGAAGGAGCGAGAGGACGCCAAGGACGGACGGGGGAACCUCAGCAACCUCGCCAAUCCCGGUUCCAGGAACGUUCGCGCCAAGGCGCCACUAGCGCACGCAGGCAGUCCGCACCAGCACCUCACUUCGCCCUGUUCUGUUGUACUGGUAACCCCAUCAAUGCACUCCAAUCGGCUCAAGAACUCCCCAUCCACCAACACACAAAGCCCUAAACCUAAGACGGAGGCAAUGGUCCGCUCCCCUCCCGUCAUGUCCCCGUCCACUGCCUCCCAAAUGGACUCAAAAAUGCCCAAUCAGGGUAAGCCGGGGAGCGGCGGCAGCCAAUCGCAGCCUUCGCCCUGCGAUCCCAAAAGCUUGGGCGCCAAAGGAGCACCCAGCGUGGCGGGUGGAAUCGGUCUGAAGAACGGCCAGAGUUUGACCUCGGGCCCCGGCUCCAAAGUCAAAGUUAAACGGGAGCGAAGCACGUCGGUGGAGUCCUUCGAUCAGCCGGAGAGCGGAACGCCCAGUGCUGAGGAAAAAGACAGUAGCCGGGUAAAAAGGAUGUGCGUGGCAGAGCGGAGGCAGCCUUACAGUGGAGCCGACUGGUGCUCCGGGGGUGAAAGUGACGAAGAUGACAAAGGAUUCUUCAACUGUAACUCCAGUGACGUGAAGCCGCUGGAUUCUGUCACCCAUUCUACCUCCAACACCGGACUUAGCCGCUCCUCCACGCCCUCCCACAAUUUAAUGGGAGGGCAGGGCGCCACGACGGAAGCCGCUAGUGGCCAGAAAGCAGGCUCGAAACUCGUCUAUGUCUUCACUACGGAGAUGGCUAACAAGGCAGCUGAUGCAGUUCUAACUGGCCAUACAGAAAACAUCAUCACCUUCCACAUGAAAAACAUCUCCAACAGCAAAGACAAAGCUCACCUCCUUCUGAACAAUGCAGCAAAUGCCCUCCGAAGUGACUCCAAGCCUUCCCAGCAGACGCCGUCCCAUGGUCAAGAUCAGACCCACCAACCCGGAUCCAAGCCGUCCUUACCGGGCAUGGCGGAGCCAGCCCCACCCCAGUCCGCAAACCCGGGAAGCCAGUCCGGCGUUCUUCCACCGGAUGGUUCGUCGAGCACAAGUAUUGAAUCCAAAAAUCUUCCUGGCGGUAGCCCCAACAACAAUGGCGGCCCAGUUGACCAGACACCUCUGAGCCAACCUGAGGCAGGCCUCAGUGCUCCGACAGCAGGUGAAGUAGGGCCGGGCAUAGGCCCCGGGGGGCCCGGUCUGACGCCCCAGCAACAGCAGCAACAGCUGGCUCAAGAGCUUUUAAAUAUGGAGGCCAACACUGAAGGUCUAUCCCAAGAACAGUUGGAGCAUCGCCAGCGUUCACUGCAGACAUUGCGAGACAUUCAGCGCAUGCUUUUUCCAGAUGACCGUGACGCACCGCCUCCCGGGCCUCCCCAGCCUCACGGCGGCCCCCACGACGGAGGCCCCGAUGGCCCUCCUCGGAGGUCUGAGCCGGGCCCUUUGCAGGCUAUGAUGGCGCAAUCUCAAAGCCUUGGACCGCCGGGCGGGCCGGGAGGACCUCGCCCGCAAGGUCCUCCCUUCGGACCUCCCCAUGGUCCCAGAGACAUGCCCCCUUUUCCGCAGGAUGAAAUGGGUCCUCACAUGGGGGGCCCUGGCGGCUGUGGAGAUGGUGAUCAAAUGACCCCAGAACAGGUGGCGUGGUUGAAGUUACAGCAGGAGUUUUAUGAGGAGAAGCGGAAGAAACAAGAGAUGCAACACCGGCCUCUUCCUCCGGACAUGAUGAUGCACCCACAUGGUCCACGCGGCAUGAUACGAGGACCUCCGCCACCCUAUCAGAUGGGUCCAGGAGAGAUGUGGGGAGGACCAGGUGGUCCGCAAGACCCUUAUCCUGAACGCAUGGGUAUGGGUCCCGGCCCGGGUCCUGGUCCGAGAGGCAUGUCCUCCCACUUGCAAAGGAUGCCUGGCUUCACGGGAAUGAUCAAUCCUGAGAUGGAAGGACCCCCGCGGCCUGGAAUGGGGUGGCCUGAUGACAUGCCGCCUCGUAUGGGAGACCCGCGAGGUUUUCCCGGUGGUCCGGGUACCAUGUUUUCUGGCCCCGGCGGUAGAGGUGAGCGCUUCCCAAACCCUCAGUCGGUCCAAGAAGCAAUGUUCCACCAAGGUAUGGGAGGAGAGAAGGGCCUUCCCCCCGGCAUGAUGAUGGACAUGCAAAGGAUGAUGGGCCAUCAAAGAGGUGGAUUGGAACCCGGUAACAGCAUGGGAAUGUUUCCAAGAAUGCCCGGCGACGGGCCGAUGAGCCCUUCGUCCAGGCUCCAGGGAAUGGGGGGUCGAGAAAUGGGUCCAGAGUUCGGCAUGGGGCCCGGUCCUGGGCCCGGACCUCACAUGCACCCUUCCAAGCUACGAGAUCCUCCGAUGAACAUGAGUCCAGAUGAGAUCAUGAGAAUGAGGGGAGGCCCUCCAAUGGAAAACAUGGCUGCGCAAGGCAGGGCAAUGCAAGGUCCUCCCUUCACUGAACAGCCGCAACCCGGGGAGUUUCCCAUGGGGCCUGGUAGACCUUUUCCAGGUGGUCCUGGUGGAAUGAGGGGCCCUCACGGAGAGCAACCAUUUGGCCCAGAGCAUAGAGCCACUCCGACGGGAGGUAACGGUCGCAUGAACCACCUCCCUCCCAAUGCCGGCCCUCAGCAGGGCCAAAGAGGGCGCAAGCCAGCAGAUUUGAAUGUCCAAGCGGGUGGGGGCAACUCUCCCAGCGUCAACCCACUCAAGUCCCCUCCUCUGAGGCAGGUGCAGUCUCCCAUGAUGGGCUCACCCUCCGGAAACCUCAAAUCGCCGCAGACGCCGUCCCAGCUGGCCGGCAUGCUCACGGGUCCCGCCGGUCCCCAGGCCCCUCCAGCACCCCCAUCAUCAGCGCCUAUGAAGUCACCGCACUCCAUGAUGGGAUCGGCGGGAGCCUCCCCUGUUCACAUGAGGUCUCCUUCUCUUCCCAAUCCUUCGCCGGGAUGGGCCUCCUCACCAAAGCCGCCCAUGCAGAGUCCUGGAGUGCCGCAAGGUGGCAAGCCCCCUCUCAGUCUCACCUCACCAAACAUGAUGGGGAACAUGGAGCAAGGUGGUAACGGCCCCGCCUCUGCCCCGCCUUCGUCUGGCGCACCGUCCGGCCCGAUGUCCCUCCCGGGAAACGUGCCGUCGGGCAGCCCUUACACCAUCCCACCUGAGCCCACGCUCUCCCAGAACCCUUUGUCCAUCAUGAUGUCACGCAUGUCAAAGUUCGCCAUGCCCAGCUCCACGCCUCUCUACCACGACGCCAUCAAGACCGUUGCCAGCUCCGAUGACGACUCGCCGCCGGCGCGUUCUCCAAAUCUGCCUUCAGUCAACAAUAAUGGUAUGCCAAUGAACCACCAAGGCAAUCCCCGCAUGAUGGGACCUGGGAACUCUGGACCCAUGCCAGCACUAAGCCCCCUGGGUAUGAAUCCGAUGGGAUCCCAGCCUCUCUCUCACGGCAUGCCCCCACAAAUGCCCUCUCCCAAUGCCCCCAACAUGGGCCCCGGUAUGAUGCCUCACGGCAUGAUGAUCCCGCCUAAUCCGCAAGACCCCGGAAUGGCCAACCCUCAAAUGAUGCCGCAGGGGCGUUUGGGUUACCCCCACCGAAACCAGGGUUACCCGCUCACCCAGUCCCCGUCCCAGCAGGGCCCCUUCUCUCCGCACAACGGGCCCGGGCACCAGGGUUUCCCCGGUCAUCCGAUGGGCUUCCAGGGAGAAGGAGGGCCCAUGGGAGGACGAAUGGGUAACAUGCCUCACGGCGGAGGGCCGGACGGGGGCAUGUGCAAGCCGAAUACCCCCGGGGGUCCAGAAUUCAACAACAUGCAAGGUGGCUUCAGCGAGGCGGAUCUUCACGAGGUGAUGCGGCCGGGGGCGUCCGGCAUUCCCGAGUUUGACCUGUCCAGGAUUAUCCCGUCAGAAAAACCCAGCCAGACUCUGUCCUACUUCCCCCGCGGUGGGGGCGACAACCCCGGAGGCAAACCGCCGCACCCGUCCGGCUUCCCUAUGCAGGCCAUGAUGGGCGACGGCCCCCCAAGGAUGGGAAUGCCCAUGCAGGGGUUGGGGGGGAUGCCGGGGGGGCCUGGCGGGGGCAUGGGCCCCCAAGACAUGCCCAUAGGCAACCCCGGCCACAACUCCAUGCGCCCGCCGGGUUUCAUGGGCCAAGGCAUGAUGGGACACCAGCCUCGGAUGAUGUCUCCUGGCGGUCCUGGGGGGAUGAUGCAGGGGCGACAGAUGGCCCACCCCGGUCCUGGUGGCUCCCCUAACAUGAUGAUGUCACUGCAGGGCAUGGGCGGCCCCCCGCAGCAGACGAUGAUGAUGGGGGGGCAGAUGAGGCCACGCGACAUGGACAUGGGCUUCAGUCCGGGCCCUGGAAUGUUCUAA